UUAGGGGUGGGAACAGCAAGUUGCGGCUGUGUUGUAGGGGCAGGAGUGUGGUGAUGGGUUCGCUUCUAACCGAGUCCGUGUGGGGCUGGUCUGUAUUCGCCAUGGUUUUCCUGGCAAUUUUAGUUUUUUGUUGGACAUAUAUCCGUCGGUACCAGAGUCAACAAGAAAGUGAAGUUGUCUCCACCGUAACUGCCAUUUGCGCACUUGCGGUUGCACUGAUUACUUCGUCGUUGCUGCCUGUUGACAUAUUCCUUGUUUCUUACAUGAAAGAUUCCAGAGGGUCUUACAAGGAAUGGGCAGCUGACAACAUCACAAGGCAGAAUAUUGAAGACACUGUACUCUAUGGGUAUUACACCUUGUACUCCAUCAUCCUAUUUUGUGUCUUCCUCUGGAUCCCAUUUGUCUACUUCUACUAUGAAGAGAAGGAGGAUGAGGAUCCCAGUAAAUGUUCUCAAGUGAAGAACUCACUGAAAUACACCCUGGGUUUUGUGUUUAUCUGUUCCAUCCUCCUCUUAAUUGGUGCAUUCGUUCCUUUGAACGUUCCAAAGAGUCAGAACUCCACAGAAUGGGAAAAAGUGAAAUUUUUAUUUAAGGAACUGGGAAGCAGCCGAAAAACACCGCUGCCCGCUACCGAUGGUUUGGCUGCCUUGUCUUUCCCAAUAAGCACCUUAACCUUGAUUGGUAUGCUAGCAGUAAUAACUUACACAGCUUAUGGAAUGUCUGCAUUGCCAGUAAACCUGAUAAGAGGUACAAGAAGUGUGGUUUAUGAACGACUGCAGAACACUGAAGACCUUGAAGAAGUGGAACAGCAAGUGGAAACAAUUAAAUCUAAGUGCAUGGAUGGCCGUCCACUGUCCAUGGGGGACCGAAAAGCUUUGCAGAAGCUGCAGGAGAAGUUGCGGACACUUAGAAGAAGAGACAGACACCUGGAAACUACAGAGAGAAGUUGUUGGUUGAAGUUUUGUUGUGCUCUACGACCCUUUAAGAUUGCUCUAGGGAUAUUUUUCAUCUCGGUGGCCUUUCUGUUCAUCAUUGCUCUCUUUCUGUCAAACUUGGAUAAAGCACUCCAUUCAGUGGGUUUUGAUUCUGGCUUUAUAAUAUUUGAAACUAACUUGGAAAAUCCUUUGAAUAAAUUGUUGCUUGUUCUACAGACAGUUUUCCCACUGGAUUAUGUCCUAAUUGCAGUCAUCACAAUGUACCUCGUCUUCACAUCCAUGGCUGGGAUCCGAAACAUGGGAAUCUGGUUUUUCUGGAUACGGCUGUACAAAAUUAGAUCUGGCCGCACACGACCGCAAGCUCUUCUUUUUCUUUGCAUGAUCCUGCUACUUAUGGUUCUGCACACAAGUUAUAUGAUUUACAGUCUGGCACCCCAGUACGUUAUGUAUGGAAGUCAAAAGUAUCAAGAGCAUAUGCUGCCAGACCUGCUGCGCUUUUCCAGCAACUUUGUUUUUGUUCUUGAGUAUGAGACCCCUAUUCAAAAAAUCAAUCAUACUUCAUUUAGCUCGAGGCAAGGGAAUUCAAAUGCAACUUGGGUGACAAAGAUGUGUGAUGCCAAGGCACCUGCAGAUCAGUGCACAGUGACAAGGACGUAUCUCUUCCUUCACAAAUUCUGGUUCUUCAAUGUUGUGUACUACUUUGGCAAUUGGGCAUUUAUUGCUGUCUUCCUAAUUGGGCUAAUUGUUUCCUGUUGCAAAGGGAAACGUUCGGUCAUUGAGGGGGAGGUAGACGAUGAUGAUUCUGAUUUAAGUGAUGAUGAUCUUAUGGAGAGACAUCAUGUUUAAAUCUAUGCUGUGUUCCUCAGCUUUAGCACCUGGGCGACAUGGGGUUAAAAAGAAACUGUUCUAUUUAUGACUAAGAUAUUUAAACUGAUGUUAAAAAUGGGUUGCAUUUGUUCCUCUUUGGAGUGUAAACUUAGAAGAAGGGGUGUAAACUUAGAAGAAGGGGUACCGGGGAUAUGUGAAGUUAUAAAAGGAAAACAUUGAAUCCAAGUAAUAUUGUAUUAAAUUCAGCUAAACUGCUGACAGCUGAUUUUUCUUAAAUACAUUACAAAGGGCUGCUUAUUUUCUAAAUGGAACAGGCUAAUUUACAGAUUGCUGCAUGUGAUCUCUGAAAUUAAAUUCAGUAGGUGUUUUUGCCUCUUAACUUCCAACUGCCAUCUUAGAAAGCAUGCACAUUUUAGUCUUAUGAUUGUAUAAAGAACUAAGCAAUACAUCAUAUCCAUAAGCAAACAUUGUUUUAUGUUUUUUAAACUAAUAAUCACUGAAUGCUAAGUCUAAUUGUGCAAUUUAAAAAUAAUAAUUUACUGUUAACUGCAAGUUACUUUUAUAAUAAAAAU